UCCCCCACUCCUGUUCCGGGGGCGCUGCGCACGUGCCUCUCGGGCAGGGCCGCAGUUCUGCGCAUGCGCCGGGAAUGUGGCGGCGGCCAUUGCGGUAGCGCAGACUGGCAGAUGGAGCGUCCCGCGAGCGCGGCAGAGGAACCCAAGCUAAGACACGUAGAAAAAGAUGUUUUGAUUCCAAAAAUUAUGAGAGAGAAGGCCAAGGAGCUGUGUUCAGAUAAAGUGCAAGAUUUUACUAAAUGCUGCCAAGAGACUGGCUUUUUAAUGGUGGUAAAGUGUCAACAGGAAAAUGCAGCACUGAAGGAAUGUCUAACUGCCUACUACAAAGACCCAGCAUUUUAUGAAGAAUGCAAAAUGGAAUAUCUAAAGCAAAGAGAAGAAUUCAGAGCAACUGGAAUUCCUGCUAAGCAGAAACAGCAGAAACGUCUUACAUCUAUGUAACUAAAAUAUGAAAUCAAGUUCUGAAAUUUCAGUUGUUAUCUGUAUACAUUUUGAAUUGGUAAAAUGAGCUAAUCAAGCAAACAAGACUUAUUUUUUUUAAAAAGGGUCUUCUAAGCAAGAUUUGAGUGAAAAAUAUAGAAUGAAUGCAUCUCAGGUGUAUUGGGAAUAAAUAACUUACUAUGAAUAUAUCCAGCAUUUUUUUUACGUGCUUAAUUUCAAGGAUUUGAGAAACAUGAACUUGAAGUUUAACCCAAGGGGGGGUGCAGAAAGUCCCUUCUUACUGAACUCCUUGCUGAUUUUCUCCAUCAGUAUUCCUGGUGGUUUGGUUUGUUUCUUAAGAUAUUCUUUUGCUUCUCCAAAGGAAGAUGUUUUUGCUUAUAUUUCAGAGGACUUCCAGCUGCUGCUGUUUUAAAAGAACAAUUCAAGGCUGUUUUUGCUUCAGGUUGCAAGAGGCCAUACACAGACUUCCUACAUUUGUAUUUUUCCCUCCUCAAAUGUACCACUGCAGUGCCAUUAUUACUAACUGUUUAAACAGUAAUGCUUUAUCUCAUUUGAUAAAAAUGAAUUUCAGUUCC